GACCGUGUCUAGUCUUUGUAUAUUAUACGUUGGACUGGUCAAGGGAUCCAGCGUCGCAGAGCUAGCUUUGAGGAGUCCAGCUAGCCGUCUCGUUGAAACUUCCGUCUCCGGCUGACAAAGGCCGGCCGUUUUAUCCACGAAGUCUCCUGGGACGAGCGGAGUUUGCAAAGAACGUCCGAGCCUCCACUACUUACGUAACUGCCCUGCUCCGCACGCCGUUUACCGUCCUGUGGCGUAGCUACGUUACAAAGGAGUCUAUUGUCAGUGUGCUGGGCCCGCAUUUCCUUCGUGAGGCUGGAAAGAGAGAGAGAGAGGAAUGGCACAGUCGACUGAGUCAAGUCCUCUCCUGGAUCAGUCUCCCUCACCACCGCCUCGUCUGCUGGACUCAUCUCGCAGUACUGCCUCCAGCAAAGACAACGCAAAGCUGGUGUUCAGUCCCGCGGACCAGGAUAAGAUCCCAGUGUGGAAGAAACUGACGUAUGCAGUUGGAGCGAUGCCGUAUGCCAUGUGUAACACGGUCGUUGGAUUCUACCUCAACAUCUUCCUUCUUGAGGUGGCCAUUCUGGACCCAGUCUAUGUGCUACUGAUAGUGUUCGCAGGGAGAGUCUGGGAUGCACUGACCGACCCAACCAUUGGAUUCCUCUGCAAUCGAACCAGGACACCUCUCGGUCGACUAAGACCUUGGCUACUAGGUGCCAUGGUACCGACUGGACUGGCCUACAUAAUGCUGUGGUUUGUACCGCCAUCGUUCACCGAAACCGCGUCAUACCUCAAAUUCAUCUACUACAUCCUCUUCUACUUUGCCUUCCAGCUGCUCCUCACUUGUAUCCACGUGCCCUACACUUCUCUCACCAUGCAUCUCAGUAACUCAAACAAGGAAAGAGACUCUGCGACUCUAUACAGAAUGUUAUUCGAGGUCCUCGGGACACUGGUCGGGAUUGGUGUCUACACUGCUUACUUCUCCGGCUUUGUAAAGGGUAAGAAGGAGUCGUCAUGUGACAGUGGAGUCAGGGAACGAGACAUUGAUCUGGAGAGGACCUAUCGUUACCAUGCCGUCACUCUCGCCAUCCUCACAGUGGUUUUCGUCACCACCACCUUGGUUACCAUCAGAGAACAAAAAGGGAUGUACAGUUCCAAAAUCGGCCUGUUUGCUGGAAUCCGAAUCGUCUUCACGUUCCGUCCGUACCUCCUCCUCUUCCUCACCCAACUCUUCGGCUGGCUCGGGAUCACCUUCGUACAAGGCAACUACGCCCUCUACAUAAAGUACGCACUGGACCUGGAAGACAUGUACCCUUACGUCAUCGCAGUGUUGCUAAUGGCUACCAUUGUUUGGAUGCCCCUGUGGCAAGUGGUGAUGCGAAAGAUUGGAAAGAAAGCGGCACUUACGGCCGGGCUGUGGAUCUUCAUGGUGACUCUUCUGUCGCUCCUGUUUAUCGAUUUCGCCGGAGAUUGGGGAGUCUUUCUCGCUUUUACGCUCUCCGUCAUUGGUGGGGCUGGCGUUGCCGCCGGAUACCUGUUUCCAUGGUCAAUGUUACCAGAUGUAAUAGACGAAGCCUACCUGAAGAUGGGUGUGAGAAGAGAGGAACUAUUCUAUGCAUUCUUCGUAUUCGGUACCAAAUUCUCCAGUGGCGUGACCCUUGGACUCUCCACUGGCAUAUACAAGGCCGGAGGGUACGACGAGACGAAGUGCGACCAGCCGUGGACGGUUCCGUUAACCCUUAAGCUCCUGGUGACAGUGCCACCGAUUAUCUUCAUUUUGAUUGGUCUGUUCUGUCUCCACCACUAUCCCCUAUCGGAGGAGAGUGUGGAGAGGACGAGGAAACAGCUGGAGCUAAGGAGUUCAGACCUGAGGUCGUUCCACAUAAAGUCCGGUGCCCAGUUUCUGAUGCAGGCCAUGCAUACCACCCACACCCAUCACUACAACGACACGCUCAACUUUCUACUGCUGUCUAAUAGCACCAGCGAUACUUAUGUCCAGGCAUUCUCCAUCUCCCGUAUCUACGGUGCAUACUGUGACGCGGGACAGAACUACAAGAACCUCGUGGGCUUCGUGAAGGGCCUCAGCAUCAAUUAUGACCAGAAAACUGUGUUUGGGUGCGUAGAAGAAAACUUUUAGGCUUACAUUUUAGUUUUACUGCACUCUUUCGGACUCCUAAUAUAUACAUGCAUUGAGUAUCGUUGUUCAAAGUGCGCAUGCGCGUAUUCGUACGCAUGGGCGUUUAAAACUAAUCGAAGUGGGUGUGGUC